AAAACUUGCUAAUCUAAUCUUUCUUGAACAACUACAACUUGAUACAACUAUAGCAGCAUAUCAAAAACUAUUGCAAAUUAGAGUUGAAAAAUUAUUAUAUAGCUUAACCUUUAUCAACCCUAAAAUACUUGGACCAAAUUCAGAAUUUAUAACCUCAAGUAUAAUUAAAGUGGCAAAAGAAUUGAACUUCUUUAAAGAACCAGUCAAAAUCCAAUUUGAUUUAAUAGUACCUCUAGUACUAAGCCUUACUCUGACACCAAUUGACAUCAUGACAGGAGAAGAUAAAA